AUGCAUCGACUUUUUGCUGAGCUGGAGCCAUCUGUAACCGUCAGCGAGCAAAACCUGGCAGACCGAGUUCGGUAUAUCUUGCGCUCAAAUACAUUUGAUGUCACCGAACUCGAACGGCUACGACGUGAGGCUGUUCCUUCAUCGGGUGAAAAUGCUGCGGCUGAGGAUGCGGUGCCACAACUUGCUGAGCAAACGGCAAAUGUGCAUGCCGCCGUGAAUACCCUAGUUGUGGUUGAUUCAAACGAUGAUGGAACAAUCACGGAGGAACUGGAGCUAGAGUAA